AUGCAGACUCUCUGGACUAUAAAGAAUCUCAACCGUGGUUUUGCCAAACUGAAGGCAUUGGUGCCAUUUCUUCCUCAAAGCAGGAAGCCUAGCAAAGUUGAUAUUCUUAAAGGUGCAACUGAAUACAUACAAGUUCUCAAUGAUGUUUUGGAAAGAGCCAAAGACUCUGAGAAACAAUACCCACAUCAUCAGAACUAUAUCAAUAAUACUUCUGAGCCACAUAUAUCCAUGGCUAAAGGGCUAUUAAGAAACAACACCCAACAUGCUAGCUGUGCUGUGGGCUUGAAGAAUGAGGCGGCAGGGCCCUGGGCAGGUGGUGGCAGUAGUGAGGCGACAUACGCUUGUUGCCAGAGCAUGAUGUCUACAACUGAAGUUAUCUCCCCAACCAGGAGUCUGGAUAGAUUUCCAGAAGUAGAACUCCUGAGCCACGGUUCCCCCAAGUAUGAAAAGUGA